AUGAAUGAGUUGAUGAACAAGUUGGGAACACUCAGCUUGGAACAAACAAUACGGAACCUUGUGCGAGCGCCAACUCCGCGAGCGAAUCGAUAUUUUUGGUUUCAUUGCUUAAAAGCAAUGAAACCAAAAAUAUCGAUUCGCGAAAAGGUGCGUUUUGAGAAAUAGAAAUAUGGGUCUUUUAAACAUAAAAUAUGUUUACAGAUUUCGAUAAUCAAGACAUUUGCCGAAAUGUUGAUUAUGGGUGAGAAUGGAACGAAUUCGCCGGAUCAAGAAAAACUGCGUUUUGACGGAUGGUUGAAGGCGAGUCCAGAAGAAUUGGAAAAUGUAUUCGGAAAAUUUAUGAAAGUGAGUUUUCUUUGACGUAUUUGGAAUAUGUACAUGUUUACGAAUUAAGAAUAGCUCUCAUGACUAUCUAUCAUAUACUAUAUACAUACCACGCCCAGGGCACGGCGCCAAUAAAGAUUUACGGAAAUUCACCUCGCCAAUUUGAGAUUUUCUUGAAAAACAGCAAAUUUUUGCUCGAUGGAAGAUGGAAAACAGAUGAUUCAAAUGUUCUCCUGUAACUGUAAGGCGAUAUAUUUUUAUUUCUAAGCUUACAAAAACAUUUUGCUGAAAUUGAAUGUUUAUAAAUACAGUUUUUCACAAAUUGGGUGAAAAAAACUAGGUUUUCAGUGAAAAUGACUCUUUUCUUCACUUCUUUAACCUUAAAGACACACAAUCCACUAGAAAUGAACAGAAAAUGAGUUUGUUAUUCUUUCAUAACACCUUUCAAGUAAUCGGAAUUCAUAAAAAUCAAGAAAAAAUUUUGAGUCUGGCAAAAGUGAAAAAAACAAAAUAAUUGUUUUUGAAAUCGCUCAGCCGACGGGAUUUUCGAAAGAGUUUGCACACAACGAAGCAAUAGAGCGCACAUGCUGUUUUUGUCAUUUGAAAAUAAAUGCGGGAAAUCUGUUUUUUCCAGUGGCUGAUGUGUCUUUAAUAAUGUGUUUCAGAAGAAAUCUUAGCACAUAACGUUAAGCUAUGAGUGAAAUUAUGUCAAUUAAUCGUUUUUAUGCAAAUAAAUUACGUUUCUUUAUGAAACAGACAACACACACGAGUUUUCUCGCCGCGGCGAAGGCGAGGCGUGCUUUUUUUUUUAUUUUUUCGAAUCGCAGGCGAGGCGAGGCACGCCUGCACAAAACUUCGCCGGACGAAAAGCAGGCAGGCAAAAUGAACAUGCCUGCAGAACCCACACCGCCAAUUUUCGAAGUUAAUUUGCACGAAGCUGGGCGUGGUAUGACUAUAUACUAAUUGGUUUUUAGUUAAAUUUUUAAAAGUUCAGACGAUGGUUUUUUGUUUGAUUUUUAAAUAGUGGAACAUUUGAAGAAAAAUUCAAUGUCUCAAAAGCUGGUUUUAAAACUCCCAAUCAAUAUCGAAUGAGUUUAGCGAAAAGUUUGACAAAAACGUAAAAAAUCUAUCGUCGGAACUUUUUCAAAAAGCAUCCGAAGAUUAAUGUUUUUUUUUACAGUUUUUUCACAUCUACUUCAUAAGGAUGUUUGCGAUCAAAGACUUGAGAAAUGAAGUAGGCCGGAUUAUCGAAUUCACAAUUCUCAAGGAUGAUCUCAUCAAACGAAUAUUCCCCGCAUAUUCAAAAAAUGCGUAAUAAAACGAUAGAAAUUUUGAAGAGUAUCAAGAAAAAAGAAGAUGUGAAAAACGCCAUCGAGCAAUUCCAAUGCGAGGAAUCCGAGGACAAGUCAAAGAUGAUUUUUUUGAAAGAAUAUGGUGAUUACGAAUAUCUCGCUGAAUUUGUCAUCAGCCUGGACUCGAGACCAAAAGGCAACUUGAAGCUGAAAACCAUCGAAACGCGCUUAAAAACAUUCAAAGAGACGCGCGAAAUUACGAUAGUCAAAACUUCUAUUGUUUUGAACAUUGAUGUCGUUCCGAAUGUUUCGAAAUUUGAGAGAAUCGGCAAAAAAGAAACGAUUAUAAUCAAAAACAUGUCGAAGGUCUCCAUCCUCUACAAAACAAAACAAAACACAAUUGUUUUCGAACACACAAUAGGAACAAUGGAGCCUGGAAAAGAUGUUACGAUAGGAGUCAAGUUUUGGAAACCAGUGAAAGUUAAAACAACCAUUGCAAUUUUUUAUGGAGAAUGUUUGAAAAAGUAUGAUGAAGAAUCCCGGUAUUCGCAAUAUUUCAUCGACAACGAAUCUUUCAAUUGCUUCAAAAUCAUGGUGGACAAGGUUUAAUUUAUAUACGAUUCCAAUGUUUUCUAUUUUUUUCCUUUUUCUCCUUUUCCUUGUCGAAGAUUUCAUUCAUCGACUGAAUUAAUUCCUGUAAUAUAUUUACAAAAUAUUGUGCAGUAUAAAAACCCCCGACUUUCCCAUUUUCCAUCCUUCUAACUAUAUUCUAAUUUUUUUCUAUUAUUUUUCUUUGUAUCAUAAACCAAUAUCAUUUAUUUCGUUUUUGAUUUUGUAUAAAGUUCGAAAUAAAUUUUCUAUUUUACCUUCGAAUUCUUUCAAUCCUUUUAUUCAAUUUCUGGAAUAAAAACGAAUAUCUUCAAUUGUCGUUGUUUAACAAACAAAAAUCGAGAUUUUGGCAGGAGGAGAAACCUGUGGCUAAAUAUGAACAUGUAAGUCUAAAAAAAAGAAAAAUGAAUUUCACUUUGGAAAUCAAUUAUUUUGCAGGCAAUCUGUCUCCGCGAAUUUCCGCUCAAAUUCUACGUAGUUGGUGGAACGCAAGGCGAUGUUUUCGAUAUGGAGAUUUAUAGUUUGUGUUUGCAAAGAGUUUCAGAAGAAUCGAGAGGGAUGAAAUGGGUGUGA